AGUUCGACUGUAAAGAACAUUUUCAAAUCUGCAACUCAUGUCUGAAGAAAAGAAUCAUUGACAUUUCAAUUUGCUUCUACUGAUCUCUUUCGUAUUCAAUCCCGUUCUCGCGGUUAGUAUUUCUUUGUUUCUUGCAAACCCUAAUUCGACCCCCCUGUGAACUUUAUUAUCUCAUCCCUUCAUCGUCCUCUUCUUCUUCUCUAGCCAUAGUUGAGGUUUCCAAACAUGGACCUGGAAGGAUUGUCCAUCACUUGUGCUGGUAUUGGAGGCAUACAAGAAGAUGAAAAUGGGGCACCGAUCGGUUACACGCCGAGUGAAUUCUGCUUGGACAAUCUGAAGGAUUUACAGAGAUUUCUGAGACGCGACGAUCCCCAGACAAGAGAUGUAUUCAAGCAAAUUUGCAAGUGGAAUACGGUGUCAAAGGAUCUGAUUCCGAUUAUCGAGCAUUGCCAGGCUCAUCGCGAUUUAGUGAUAAAUGCAGUGAAGGUUUUGGUAUUUCUUACCAUGCCUAUCGAAAGCACGUCAAAUGACAUUUCCCAGCAAAUAGAGUAUCUAUGGGAAUUGAAGGUUUCAAUUACACGUAGUGACACCAUUGCUGUGAUUGUUUCCCUCCUAGAAGAGCCGUUGGAGAACUUGGAACGUGAAGCAUUCACAGAGGAUAACUGGAAAUUAGUUCAGCUGGUUCUUACUUUGUUUCGAAACGCUCUAGCUGUCCAAGAUCUCUCACUGCAGCAGAAGGCAUCGGGGUCAGUGACGCAGUUUUUGUCCACGAGAGACAGAUUUCUAGAGCUCUUGUUCCGUGAGAAUGUGAUGGAUCUUAUGUUAGUGUUGACCCAACAUGUUGGUGGUUCCUGCUGUUAUCUUCGUCAAGAUAACUUGCUUUUAUUGGAGACUUUGCAUUACAUAUUUCUGGGCCAAGAGUCAGAGUUGACAGCCAAGGCAUCUCAAAAGGGCUCCAAGGUGGAUGAAGAUGUUAAAGCAUCUCUGAACUCUCUUGAAUCCUUGAUGAUGGAGGAAGAAGAAAAGAGAAGGCUCGCUAGACUGCAAAAAUUCGAUCGUUAUUCACAAUUCAGUGGAACAUUUACGCGGCUUGCCGUGGAUGGUUCUAAAACAUUAAUCAAAGGAAAUCCUGGAGCUGCUCAUGAUAACCUGCCCAAACCUAAUAAAGUGCAUCGGGGACCUUCAAAAAGAAUUGCAUGGGAUCAUAGACAAUUAUCAUCGUCAAAGGAGAAUGUUUUACACUUGAUCCAUGAUUUUAUAAACCAGCUUUUGUCAGGCGGUUAUAAUGUUCUAAUGCAGUCAAUUCGUGAGGAUAUUGAAAAAGAACAUGCCAUUCAGAACAGCGAUAUUGUUAUUUUCUUCCAGGUUGCUCAAUUUGUUACAGCUUUUCAAUAUCACAAGUUCUUAACUUCAAAGCCAAGCAUGGAAACUGAUGCAUCUGAAGCUUUCAUCAAUAAGCAUGCUGAUAGCACAUUGUUCCAAGGGGAAUUCUGUGGACCAAUAGCAGCAACAAUGAAUGAAGCCAUGUUCAAUUUGGUCAUAUCUAAGUGGCGUUUUGCUUUUGAUGGCUUGAAGGAAACAAAUGACUAUAAAUUCCUCAGUGUAUCGGGAUCUCUUAUGAAAAAUAUGAUCCUCAUGUUGGAUUUGACUCUUAAGCUAUUGUCAGAGGACUCUAGGGAACCUCAAACAGCUCGCAUCCUUCUUUAUAAGUUAUUCUAUGAUCAGACAGAUCAAGGGAUGACUCAGUUCCUAAUGAGCCUUAUUAAAUCUUUUGAUCCCCAUAAACAACCCAAAAGUGAUCUUGCAGAUUUAGUGGAAAUGAUACAUGUAAUUGUACGGCUGAUGGAGAAUCUUCACGCACGUGGCACAAUAAGGGUUGCUAAAAGGUCAAGGAAGGGGAGGAAGAAGAAAAGACUGGGGGACAGCAUGGCAACUGAGGAUGAGAGGUUGGGUACUGAUGAUAAUAAUAAUGUAGAGAGUGGGAUUGACAACGUUACUCAUCAACCAUCUUCAGAUUUGAGUAUAACAUUGAAGGAACAGUCAACAAAUUUAAAUUCUGAUGGGAGAGAGGAAGGCAUAGGGGUUCCUGAUCAUGCUGAGCAGUCUGAAACACCUCAGCUGAUUAAAAGUAAUCUUGGGGAUGAUGUGGAUGGCAAGGACAAGGAAGAAGAUAGGCAUGAUCCGGAUGAUCUGGCAUAUGGAACAGGUGAUUCUUCUGAUGAUGAUCAAACAGCUGCAACAAGUGAAGUUGAUUUUAAAGUAUCUGGUCUGGUCGCCACCUUUGCAAGCAACAUAAUCAUUCAUAACCUGUGUUGGUUGCUAAAGUUUUACAAAAGCAAUUCCUCUAGGACAAAUCACUGCAUAGUAAGCAUGCUGCGGAGGAUUUGUGAUGAUCUGGAGCUCUCUCCAAUGUUAUAUCAGUUAUCGCUCCUCACUACAUUCUAUGAUAUCAUGGCUGAGCAGAAGUCAUCUUACUGCAAGGAAUAUCAAAAUAUUGUGUCCUUUCUCACCAAUUUGGUGAGGAAAAUGUUGAGGAAAAUGAAGAGUCAACCCAUUCUUUUUGUGGAAAUACUGUUCUGGAAGACGCGCAAAGAAUGCCACUACAUAAAUUCUGAAUCUUUAUUGCAUGAGCUUGGGAACUUGAAGAAGGAAACCAGAAAAUGGGGAUUUACAGCUGGUGAAACAGGGGAAAUUGGUCCAUCACAAAGCAAAGGUGGGAUUGGGCACAGAAAUAUUGCAGACUCACUUGGUGAAGAUGAAGCUGAUUUUGUGAUGCCUCAUGAGCCCAGUUUUCGCAAGGAGGAAGAUUCAGAUGAUGAGAAGUUCCAAAAUCUUUCAGACAGAAAUGGGGACAGUGUUAAAGAACAACAGAAAAGCGCAGCAUCCCUUUCAAACCAUCAGAUUGACAGUGAGGGCCACUCCCUGGAACAUGAAUCUCCAAGAGUUUCUAAACGGAAGAGGAGACUUGUUUUUGAUGAAGAGCUGGAUGCUGAUAUUAAGAAGUUAUAUGAAAGAUAUAAGGAUGAUCAACACUGUGUUCAACUUAUAGUGGAAGAACUUGGCCCACAUCGAAAAGUUUCUCGAGCUCAAGUGUCAAAUAAGCUUAAGCAGCUGGGCCUUAGGGUCACCUCAAAGAGGAGAAAGCUUCAUGCCCUUGAGGCUUUUCCUAGUGGAGAUGAUCACGUAAUGCCAGAAGGAAGAGUAAUGGACAAUGACACUGGUGUUCCUAAAUUCAAUGGAUUGGAGGAAACUUCUUUCCCAAGGUCUUCUAAUUCUAGGAAAAGAAUGCGUGCUUUUAGCAAUGAGCAGGAGGAGGAGGUGAAAAACUUGUAUGAGAAGUUUAAAGAUCAUAAGAGGUGCACCCGCAUGAUUGCAGAUGCAUUAGAUUCUGGUAAUAGAUUUACAGCUGCCCAAAUAUCUCGUUUAUUUAAGCAACUUGGCCUACUAGUUCCUAAGCAGAAGAGGCUGGCUCAAGGCAAGAAGCAUCCUGAAGGCCUUGUUAAUGAUGAAAAAGAAAAGGAAUCUGAUGAAGAAACCUUAUUGGACUUGAAGAGAAGGAGCAAAGAAACCAAUGAGGUUUCUACCCUGGGUGAACCUGAAAAGAAGAUUAAAGCCUCAUUCUCACAGGAUGAAUCUGGUGAUGAGUGCCUAAGCACUAUUCUCAAGAAAACUGGAAAGAGACUUGCUCCAAAGAUGCAAGAUAAGAAGGCAAUAAUCAGUUCAGAUCAGGAUAGAGUUACUGAAAGUGGCUUUGCAAGUGGGGCCUCUCAAAACGUCAAAGGAAGAGAUGCGCCAAACCAAUCCAAUGGGACUGCCCAAUUGCAUGCUGAUACGAAUGUAGCAGUUGAUCAUGCGCACCUGGUUAGUAAUAGUGAAGCUGGGGUGGCCUGUACCAUCAUUGAAAAACAGGAAAAUACUGUAGUCUUGGACAAUGUGGAUCACAUGCCCGAGCAUUUGCAUGAUGAAUUGGUUGAUGAACUCGCAGACUCGGGGGAUGAUGGAAUUGCCAUUGUACCAAACAGUGUUGUAUCAAGAAGGAAACUGAAGAUGGUACUUGAUCUUGAGGAUGAUGAGUAAGAUUCCAUCA